AAUUAAUUCACCCUUGUCGGCUGUCAGCAGUAAAAAUGCUAGCAUCCCGCCAAUCCUGCAGGCAAGGAAAGGAAUCACCGCCUGGCCUCGUGGCUCAGCAUCGGCCCCCUCGCGCGUAUGUGUGACCGCUGCAAGGUGAUCCGCCACGCUGCAGCUCUUCCUUUGCCCUACUCCCUUGACAAAGCCCAACUUCUGGAAAGAGCUUGGGGGCCGGAUUCCUCGAUCGGAACUUGAAGACUUUAAUAUGGACAUGGAUUCCUUUAACCUUUCUUUAUUCUUCCUUCCCCCCUCAUGCCCCUUGCCAGACAGCUUUUCUGGGGCUUGGGAGCCAAUAACUGUCACUGAGUCCCUCAAUGUCUCGUCCUCACGUAUCCUUGGACGAAAAGACCUCCCAUAAUCCUCGACACACACCAUGUUGACCUUCAGAGAUGCUGUUGACAAGUGCACGGGGCUUUCCGGUGAUGGGAAAGACAUUGCCAUCACCUUGGCUUUCUGUCUCUUUCUAGUGGCCAUGACCAUGGGACUUCGAUUUUACACGUUGGUCAUGCGAAGACAGAGCUUCCAAGCGUCGGACUAUCUAGCACUUAUAUCUCUGCUUUUAUACUACUCUAGCGCGGUGACGGUCUUUCUGGCUUUGACCAUCGGUCACAUUGGCUAUCGGACAUCGGAAACGCCAGCUUGGCGGCUCAGCAUCGCCUUCAAGUGCAUCUAUUAUAUCCGACUGGCAUACCUCAUAGGGCUAGGUCUGGUAAAAUGCAGUCUUUUGCAAGCGCUUCAGAAAACCUUCAUCCCUCCGACCAGCUAUUUUCGGUUCGCCGUGUGGACGACAAUGGUAAUAUGUGCCUGUUGGAGCCUGUCAGGGUUUCUUCUCGCAUUUCUGGCCUGCCACCCAUUCAAAUACAAUUGGACUCCGAAUCUUGGAGAAGGUCAUUGCGUGAAUCAAAGCCACGUUCUACUGGGUCUUGGUAUCAUUGAUUCUGUGACGAGCUUCGCCAUCAUGGUUCUGCCAUUGCCGUAUUUGCUCAGAACCAACCCGACGCGGUCUCAGAGGCUGGCAACCGCUGGCGUCUACGGGAUUGGAGUCUUCGCUGUUGCCAUUGCCAUCCUACUGACUGUGGCUCUUUCGAAAACCGACCUGAGCAAUUUCAACGAGGCAGGCAAAAUGGUCGUGGUCUGGUUCACUGUUGAGUGGACAGCAGCAAUCAUCGUGGCCAAUGCAUGCGUCCUUGCACCAGUGUUUGCCUGCCUGGGUCUUUGCCAAUCUCUGCGUGCUGGCGCGAACACCUCGCUCAGCCACCCCAAGGACGGUUCUUAUUUGCUGGGGUCGAUGCGGACUCUGACAACAGGCGGUAGUAGCGCACCACUAAAGCCGAAAGCCACGCUGGCAGAGACAGGCUCGAUUCAGUCGUCGCGAUCGAUGAUGAGAGGGCUUGGGUUCUGUUGGACGGAGGCCACAGGACAAGCACAGCAACCAGGCUCCGUCCUUGCCUUGGAGCCAGGAGAGGUGCGCGUGCAGACAGGAUGGUCUGUAGAAAGGUCACCGGCCAAGACAGAAGCUACUGCAACAACAACGAUAGGAACCUAGACACACAGGGCUCCGAAUCAAUGAAGUCAUGAUCGUCGUUUCCCAAACAAUUCCGACACUUGUGCUACUAGUGCAUAGAUUGUAAGACCGAGGGGGGCGGGGGAGACUGGCGC